GCGGCGGCGACGGCAGGAGGAGGAUGGCCGGGGGCGCUGGCGCCGGUGCGGACGGCGGUGCAGGCGGCGGCGGCGGGGGCGACGGCCGCGGUCCCAGCGGCGGCAGCAGCAGCAGCGGCGGGAGGAGCCUCCGGGAAAUGGAUGAAAAGAGGCUACUGGAUCCAGGGUUGAAAGUUCGUAAAGGCCUCUGGGAUUAUACUCUGAAGAACCAGCAGAUGGAAUGCCUGAGUGACUGAAGAAAAUGGGUGCUAAUGCAUCUAACUAUCCUCAUUCAUGUUCCCCGAGGGUAGGGGGAAAUUCUCAAGCCCAACAGACGUUUAUAGGGACAUCAUCCUAUUCUCAGCAAGGCUAUGGUUGUGAAUCAAAAUUAUAUAGCCUUGACCAUGGCCAUGAGAAACCACAAGACAAAAAAAAGAGAACCUCUGGCCUUGCCACCCUCAAGAAGAAGUUCAUCAAGCGUCGAAAAUCUAAUAGGUCUGCUGAUCACGCCAAGCAGAUGCGAGAACUCCUCUCUGGGUGGGAUGUUCGAGAUGUCAAUGCAUUAGUGGAGGAAUAUGAGGGAACUUCAGCCUUAAAGGAGCUUUCUCUACAAGCCAGUUUGGCUAGACCAGAAGCCCGGACAUUGCAGAAAGAUAUGGCCGAUCUUUAUGAGUACAAGUAUUGUACUGAUGUAGACUUAAUAUUUCAAGAAACUUGUUUUCCUGUUCAUCGUGCCAUUUUGGCGGCAAGAUGUCCAUUUUUUAAAACACUACUUUCUUCCUCACCCGAGUAUGGGGCAGAGAUCAUAAUGGACAUCAGUACAGCUGGUAUAGAUAUGCCCAUGUUUUCUGCGUUGUUACACUACCUUUAUACAGGAGAGUUUGGAAUGGAGGACUCAAGGUUUCAAAAUGUUGAUAUCCUCGUUCAGCUUAGUGAAGAAUUUGGAACACCAAAUUCCCUUGAUGUAGAUAUGCGUGGACUCUUUGAUUACAUGUGUUAUUAUGAUGUCGUCCUUAGUUUUUCUUCAGACUCUGAACUGGUUGAAGCUUUUGGUGGAAAUCAGAACUGUUUAGAUGAAGAGCUCAAAGCUCAUAAGGCUAUUAUUUCAGCACGGUCCCCAUUUUUUCGAAAUUUAUUACAAAGGAGGAUACGGACUGGUGAAGAAAUCACAGACCGAACUUUAAGGACUCCCACAAGAAUUAUAUUAGAUGAGUCCAUUAUACCAAAAAAGUAUGCGAAAGUUAUAUUACACUGUAUGUAUACUGACGUGGUGGACCUCUCCGUUUUGCACUGUAGCCCCUCUGUGGGGAGUCUCAGUGAAGUUCAGGCUCUCGUCGCAGGGAAGCCAAACAUGACUAGGGCAGAAGAAGCCAUGGAACUUUACCACAUAGCACUGUUCUUGGAAUUUAACAUGCUUGCACAAGGCUGUGAGGAUAUCAUUGCUGAAAGCAUCUCAUUAGAUGCCUUAAUUGCCAUCCUCAAGUGGAGCUCUCAUCCAUAUGGCUCUAAAUGGGUACACCGACAAGCUUUACAUUUCCUCUGUGAGGAAUUUUCCCAGGUCAUGACUUCGGAUGUUUUUUAUGAACUCAGCAAAGACCAUCUGCUUACUGCUAUCCAGUCUGACUACCUACAGGCAAGUGAACAAGAUAUCCUUAAAUAUCUGAUUAAAUGGGGUGAGCAUCAGUUAAUGAAGAGAAUAGCAGACAGAGAGCCAAACUUACUGAGUGGCACUGCUCAUAGUGUGAACAAGAGAGGUGUAAAAAGACGAGACCUGGACAUCGAAGAGCUUAGAGAGAUCCUUUCUUCUCUCUUACCUUUUGUGCGAAUUGAACAUAUUUUACCUAUAAACAGUGAAGUCCUAAGUGACGCAAUGAAAAGAGGCUUGAUUAGCACUCCUCCAUCAGAUAUGCUUCCUACAACAGAAGGCGGAAAGUCAAAUGCCUGGUUACGGCAAAAAAAUGCUGGAAUAUAUGUUCGUCCUCGACUGUUCUCUCCCUAUGUAGAAGAAGCAAAGUCAGUGCUAGACGAGAUGAUGGUGGAACAAACAGAUCUUGUGCGUUUGAGAAUGGUUAGAAUGUCCAAUGUGCCAGACACACUUUACAUGGUCAAUAAUGCCGUGCCACAGUGCUGUCACGUGAUCAGCCACCAGCAGAUCAGCAGUAACCAGUCAAGCCCUCCUUCGGUUGUAGCAAAUGAAAUCCCAGUUCCUCGUCUCCUCAUUAUGAAAGACAUGGUCAGACGUCUGCAGGAGCUACGACACACUGAGCAGGUGCAGAGAGCCUACGCACUUAACUGUGGGGAAGGCGCCACAGUGAGCUAUGAAAUUCAGAUUCGAGUAUUGAGAGAGUUCGGGCUUGCAGAUGCUGCUGCAGAGCUCUUGCAGAAUCCUCACAAGUUCUUUCCUGAUGAACGUUUUGGAGAUGAAAGUCCACUCUUGACAAUGAGGCAGUCUGGGAGAUGUCGAGUUAGCAGUAACCCCGCUGCAGAAACCGUGUUUACAGAUCCGGACUCUUUUGUGGCCUUCCAUCCACCCUUGCCACCUCCACCACCGCCGUACCACCCCCCAGCUACCCCAAUCCAUCACCACCUCAAAGCGGGCUGGAGACAAAGACCUCCCAGCCAACACCCUUCACGUUCGUUCUCUUAUCCCUGUAAUCAUUCACUGUUUCACUCCAGAGCAGCUCCUAAAGCAGUGCCCCCUCCAGUCUGUUUGCCAGGUGUUCAAGCAGCAGGACCUGACUGUCCCGGCACCACAGGGCUGGGGAGACAGACGGUAGCCGCCGCCGCCUCAGCAGCAGUAGUAUCUGAGAGACAAGUGUGUACACAACCUGUGCUAAAUGAUCUAAUGCCAGAUAUCGCCAUGGGAGUGUCCACACUGUCACUCAAGGACAGGAGGCUUCCCGAACUUGCUGUAGACACAGAAUUAAGCCAGUCAGUGUCUGAAGUAGUACCAGGGCCUCCCCAGCAUCUAUCGUGUAUUCCACAGAGGCAUACACACACAUCUCGAAAGAAACACACACUAGAGCAAAAACCAGACACUCGAGAAAAUCAGCAGGAAUAUCCAGAUUUCUAUGACUUCUCGAACGCUGCUUGUAGACCGUCUACUCCGGCUCCUGGCAGACGCAGCCCUUCCCCUCCGCAAGGUGGGUAUUUUGGUCCCGAUUUGUAUAGCCACAAUAAGGCAUCACCAAGUGGCUUAAAGUCAGCCUACCUACCUGGCCAGACCUCUCCUAAAAAGCAGGAAGAAGCUAGGAGAGAAUAUCCACUUUCCCCUGAUGGGCAUCUGCACAGACAAAAGAAUGAGCCGGUACACCUCGAUGUUGUUGAGCAGCCUCCCCAGCGGUCGGACUUUCCUUUGACAGCCCCAGAAAAUGCCGGCAACGAUCCAACCCAUGUCAGGGGGCGAACAGCAGUGGAAACUGACUUGACUUUUGGGCUGACUCCUAACAGACCUUCACAUUCUGCAUGUAGCUCUGAAGCUCCAGAAGAGAGAUCUGGUAGAAGACUGGCAGACAGCGAGUCCUUGGGCCAUGGAGCUCAGCGAAAUACAGAUUUGGAAAGGGAAGAUUCAAUCAGCAGAGGAAGGAGGUCACCAAGCAAGCCAGACUUCCUCUACAAAAAGUCUGCCCUUUGAGAGCAACCUCCAAGUCGUCUGUGCCUGAGAUGUGAAACAUCCCAUUUUAUGAUGUAACCCAACAACUUAGAGUAUUGAUGCCAGCUGAUAACUCAGUUUCACGUUAUUUUAUUCUAGUUUUUGUAUAUACACGUCUGUUAGACACGGCAUGCUAAGAGGGUUAUUCUGAAUGCUGCGUCUGUUUUGUGUUGGAACAAUUGUGUGGGGGAAGCAUUUUUAAGAGCAAGCAAGCUGGCACUUUUUUUUUUCUCUUUACAAAUGAUGGAAUUUUUUUGCACUUGUACUUUUAUCUGUAUUGUUUUUAUAUCAGUAUGUUAAACUUUAUUGCCACAUUUAAAGGACUGUAUUUUCAUACUUUUUUGCAUUUUACCUUUCAUCUAGCAAUUUCCACGUGCAUUGGAUUGCACACUAAGAUGUAUUUUCUUAUGAAAUAGUUCUGUGUUUAUUUUUUAAUUAUAGAAAUUCCAAAGAACAGCACAUCAAAAUGCUCCUCUCUUUUCAGUAAUCGUUUUAGUUCAGAAAUCUUCCUGCUCAGUCUUCAUAAAUCUAACGUCGUACUUUUUAAAUGAGUCUUGGGAGCUGGUCUUCAUUCCUCCAGCAGGAAUCCAGUCAGGAUCCUGAAGUUUCCUGGUUCAGUAAAGAACAAGAAGGAGAAAAGCCUUUUGUGUCCAGACUCAAGCUGUUGCUUUAUUCACAGUGCAGAUGCUGUUAGAAUCACUGCGGAUUCUGGUAGUGUGGAUUAGAGUUUCACUAGAUGAGGUUCUAAAGCGAUCGGCUUUCCUGGAAUCCUAAAGAAGUGGAAUUAGCGAAGUAACUUAAGCCUGCCCUGCGGGGUUGCCGGUUCUGAGCUGCGACUCUCCAGAUGUCGGGGGAGUGACUGCUUUGCUGCCUUCAGUUGUCUUGCUCUCUGUGGGAAAAAAACAAAAGGGCUUCAGCCUUACGGAUGUCAUUUGGUGUUUGUAAGCAGAUAUUUUCUUUUAAGUGUUUUUCAAAGUGUGUCUGAAUUUUGGUUUCCUUUAAAGAAGUUGUUGUAUAAUGCAUAAUGCUUUGUCACCAAAAAAGAAAAAGAAACCUUUUUUUUUUU